AUGGCUGAGCGCGAAGAACUUCCUUCUGACCGGCCGGUCAAGCGGCAGAAGCUGUCUGGUGAGGAGCAGGCACCCGCCGCCGCCGCCGUCGCCCCCACCGCGGCCAACGACGCCAAUUCCGAAGUCGAGAGAGAAAUCCGCGCCGGCAUAACGGCGCAUGUCAACCCCGAUGCGCCAGGCUUCGCAGGCGUGCUGAAGCAGCGCUACGUCGACUUCCUGGUCAACGAGAUCGUGCCCGACGGGCGCGUUAUCCAUCUCGAGGACGUACUCGGCGCCAAGAAGCCAGAGGAGCAGGCCGCCGAGGUGAAAGAGGAGGAAGCCGCUGAAAAGCAAGCAGAGAAGGAGCCUCCCAAGGAGGAGGGAAAAAAAGAGAUCUCGCCCGAGGACAUCGCCAAACUUCAAGCCACCUUCGGCGAGCGUGUGACCAACUUCGCCGUCUCGCUGUACGAAAAGGUCCUCAGCAACCCCCAGAAGAAAGCGCGCGACUUCGACUCGAUCCUCAGCGAGCCCUUUGCCGAGAAGGAGGACCGCACCGCCGCGCACCAGCUCAUCCGCGAAGUUUUCGCGGGCCGCCUCGACUCCUCGACGCAGAACGGCAACGCCAUCAAGGUCGGAGCGACGCCUCCCCGCAACCGGAACAACAACAACCGCGGCAAAUGGGGCAGCAACGAGAACGGCCCCAAAGGCAAGCUGGGCUGGGAUGAGCUGGGCGGUGAAUACCUGCACUUCACUCUGUACAAAGAGAACAAGGACACAAUGGAGGUCAUCUACUUCAUCGCGUCGCAGCUGAAGCUGCAGCAGCACAAGCACCUCUCCUUUGCCGGGACCAAGGAUCGCCGUGGCGUCACAGUCCAGCGCGUCGCGGCGAAGCGUGUGCGCGCUCAUCAGCUGGAGCCCAUUUCGCGGAGACUGAACAAUGCGCGCAUUGGUGGCUUGAAGCACGAGCAGCACCCGCUGUCUCUGGGUGAUCUGGCGGGCAACGAAUUCGUCAUCACGCUGCGCGACUGUCAUUUCCCCGGUGAAGAGGGAAAGACCUGUGCGGAGCGCGCUGAACUCGCAAAAAGCAUCGUCGGCCCCGCGCUCGAGAGUUUCAAUACACGCGGUUUCAUCAACUACUACGGUCUCCAGCGCUUUGGGUCGUUCGCUAGCAGCACCGACGCUGUCGGCGUGCGGAUACUGAACGGCGAUCUGAGUGGUGCGGUUUCGCUCAUCUUAUCCUACUCUCCGGAUGCUCUGGCUGCAGCUCAGGACCCGAACUCCACUGUUAUGGUCUCGUCAGAUGACAAAAACCGCGCCCUCGCGAUCCACACUUGGCACUCUGGCGGCCGCGCCGGCCCAGCUCUAGACCUCCUGCCGAAACGCUUUCAAGCGGAGAGGUCCAUCAUCCAACACUUGGGAUGGGAAGAGAAGCGCACGCGUGAGCAACGCCGCAAGUCGGAUUGGCAGGGUGCGCUGCAAGCAGUGCCACGAAACCUGCGCAUGAUGUACACGCAUGCUUACCAAUCGCUUGUUUGGAACUCAGUCGCUGCGACGCGUUGGCAGCGCUUUGGCGACAAGGUUGUCGCUGGCGACCUGGUAUUGGUCCAUGAGCACAGGGACAAGGAAGUCAAUUCUGAGCCUGCGGAGCCGGAGAUCGACGCGGACGGUGAAGUCGUCAUCUUGCCGAGUGGCGAGGACAUGGCGAAGGGCCCGGCAACCGAUGCGUUUGAGCGCGCCAGGGCUCUUAGCGCCGACGAGGCGGCGUCGGGGAAGUACAACGUCUUUGAUAUUGUGCUCCCUCUGCCCGGGUUUGACGUGGAGUACCCUGCGAACGAGAUUGGACAGUUCUACAAGGACUUCAUGGGUGACAAGGAGCGCGGUGGUGGGCUUGACCCACAUGAUAUGAGACGCCGGUGGAAAGACAUUUCUUUGAGUGGAGGUUACAGGAAGAUGAUGGCUAGGCCCGUCGGAGGUGCUGCCUUUGAGGUGAAGACGUACACAAAUGACGAGGAGGAUUUGGUGGAGACGGAUCUGCAGAAACUGGAGAAAGAGGGCAAGGCGACGCCGAGGCCGCCAAGGGAGGCUAAGACUGGUGGCGACGAGCAGAUGGAAGGGGUGCAAGAGGAAAAGGUUGCGGUCAUUUUAAAGUUCCAGCUUGGAACGUCUCAGUAUGCCACCAUGGCAUUGAGGGAGUUGAUGAAGGGAGGCGCGACGGCGUAUCAGCCCGAGUACAACGCGGGCCGGUAG